AAAGAAUGAAGCGCAGCCUGCAAGCGCCGCGACUCUGAGCGGCGCCGGCGAUCCGGGCGGUCGGUGGGUCGUCUGCGCUGCUCCGCGGAUCCAUGUAGCGUCCAGGCGGGCGCCGGGCGCUCUCACGUCGAGGCGGCCUCUCCGCUUGCCUCUUGCUGCGACCCAGCCUCGUGAACCAGCCAGCUAGCCAGCGUCGCCCUCCCUCCGGCCAGCGCUUGGGCGGCUGGCGGCGUGCCUGCCCCUCGGGCCGCGGGACUCGCCAGGCACGCACUCACCCCGUCGGGCGGCUAAAAUGAGCGAGAGGAGGCGCUCGGCAGUGGCCCUCAGCUCGCGAGCGCACGCCUUCUCCGUGGAGGCCCUCAUCGGCUCGCACAAGAAGAGGAAGCUCCGCGACUGGGACGACAAAGGCCUGGAUUUGUCCAUGGACAGCCUCAGCCCCGACGGGCAGCUGCCGGACGCCGACGACCCCGCCCAGUGCCUGGACCUCAACGCCAACGAUUCAGAGCAGAGUACGGGUUCAGACACUGAAGCAUUGGCUGAGAGGACAUCCUGCUCUUUUGACACGCACUCUGACCUCACAUCCGGCGGCCCCAUUUCUCAACCACCUCCUACCUCAUCCAUGGAGGAGAUUCAGGUGGAAUUGCAGUGUGCUGACCUCUGGAAACGGUUCCAUGAUAUUGGCACAGAAAUGAUCAUCACUAAAGCAGGCAGUGCCACCACCCUGAAGCAGAGGCGCCAGGUUGCCCCCAAAAUUGAGGGGUCCCAGCGUGUGGUUGAUUCAGAGUGGGCCCCUCCCUCUCCCCUGUGA